AUGGUAUUUCGCCUCCUGGUCCGUCUACUUGCAAACAAUGAACAAUUGGUGCAAAGACUAAGUGAAUCAUAUCCUAUGCGCAAAGCAGCGCAAAUUGUAGUGAGAGCAGUGUAUCACGGCAAGAAUCUCAUUGAGGAAAAGGGUCUAGACAAGAAGUUAACACCGGAAGAAUUCCGGGCUUUGAUGAGAAGAAUCGCCCAGAAUUUGCAAGGACAGAUCAAACAAGCCACUGACGAAUUCAAACACAAAAUGAAGUAG